AAAUAUGACUCAAAGAACCGGGUUCCUGUUUUGCUGGCUAAUCCAGAGGCUACAGUUUCCGCAGCUGCUGCUUUUGGAUGUUACCUGCCACGCCAUUGUCUGCUGCUUGUUGCAACCUGGCCUUGAAAGAAGUGACAGCGUUUUCUAUCUUUCCAGUAACAAGUCAAGCCACGAGCAGGGUUCUUGUGAAAAAGAAGUUAGAUUAGCCUCGUCUCUCGACUUUUGGGCUCUCUCUUCUGAAAACUUUAUAGCUAUGUUGCCAGUUGAUCCUGUUAAAGAAAAUUAUGUUCGUAAAGUGAAAAACUGUGUUUUUUCAAUUGCCUUCCCUACUCCUUUCAAAUCAAGAGUACGUCUUGUAGCAGUUUCAAAGGAAGUUCUAGAAGAUAUUUUGGACCUUGAUUUAUCUGUUUCGGAAACAGAUGAUUUUAUCCAGCUUGUAAGUGGAGAAAAGAUACUAUUUGGAUCCGUUCCAUUGGCUCACAGAUACGGUGGCCACCAGUUUGGGAUAUGGGCAGAUCAGCUUGGGGAUGGAAGAGCCCAUCUUAUUGGAAUUUACAUGAACAGAAAAGGUGAAAAGUGGGAGCUCCAAUUAAAAGGCUCAGGAAAGACCCCAUAUUCUCGUCAUGGUGAUGGCCGAGCUGUGCUUCGCUCCUCAGUGAGAGAAUUUUUGGGUAGUGAGGCUGUGCACCAUCUUGGAAUUCCAACCAGCAGAGCUGCGAGUCUGGUUGUAAGUGAUGAUGGAGUAUGGCGGGAUCAGCUCUACGAUGGAAACGUUGUGAAAGAACGAGCUGCAGUAGUGCUGCGCGUGGCGAAAUCUUGGUUUAGAAUUGGAUCGUUAGAAAUUUUGGCUCAUUAUGGUGAACUGGAUUUACUACGGAUAUUAUUAGACUUUAUCAUACAGGAACAUUUCCCUUCAGUGGAUGUCGGAGAACCUAACAGAUAUGUGGAUUUUUUUUCUGUUGUGGUAUCUGAGACAGCGCAACUUAUUGCCUUGUGGACAUCGGUUGGUUUUGCUCAUGGUGUUUGUAAUACUGAUAACUUCAGUUUGUUAUCCAUUACAAUUGACUAUGGUCCAUUUGGUUUUAUGGAGGCCUAUAAUCCAGAUUUUGUACCAAACACAUCUGAUGAUGAAAGAAGAUAUAAAAUAGGAAAUCAGGCCAAUAUUGGGAUGUUUAAUUUAAACAGGUUGUUACAAGCUCUAAACCCGUUACUGGGUCCUAGGCAAAAGCAGCUUGCUGCUCUGAUUCUUGAGGGGUAUCCUGACCUUUAUUAUACAAGAUUUAGAGAACUAUUCAAAGCCAAACUGGGGUUACUUGGAGAAAGGAAGGGUGAUGAGGAUUUGAUUGCAUUUCUCUUACAUCUCAUGGAAAAGACAGCAGCUGAUUUUACCAUGACGUUUCGGCAGCUCAGUGAGAUUACUCAAAGCCAGUUACAGGAGCUCAACAUUCCUCAGCAAUUCUGGGCACUGCAGACGAUUUCAAAGCACGAACUCUUUCCUGCCUGGGUGUCCCAGUACCUGCUGAGACUGAAGAGUAACAUGAAUGAUUCAGAUUCUGAAAGAAGAAAAAGAAUGAUGACUGUUAAUCCCAGAUAUGUGCUGAAGAACUGGAUGGCAGAGUCUGCAGUGCGAAAAGCAGAAAGGAAUGAUUUCUCAGAGGUGCGUCUUCUUCAGCAAGUUCUUCAGCAUCCUUUCCAGAAGCAUUCCACCGCUGAGAAAGCUGGCUACGCCUCACCUACUCCUUCUUGGGCUAAAAAUCUCAGAGUCAGCUGCUCAUCUUAAUUUGGGGAAAAUCAAAUAAGGAAGACUCUGACACUGAACACAACAUAGAAUAAUCUAUUUGGUAAAUUCUUAAUGACCAUAUACAUGAUGACAAUCCUGCAUUUUUUAAUAGUGAUUAUAUACAAAAAUAUUUUUUAAUCAAAUGAACUAGACCUAUUCUUCAGAACAUCUUUGUGGUCAUUUUUGUUCUAAUCAAUAACUUUAAUGGAAUAGGAAGUUGUUUUUGGUAAACCACAAGUUAUUCUCAAUAACUAAAAAAUCUUGUGACAAUCUUUUAAUGAAUUUGUAAGCAUUCAUCUAAUUCUUGCUAUGUACCCAGCACUUUGUGGCACAUCAAAUAAGUAUAUAGUUUAAUUGUAUUCCUGGAGCUUUUUUGUCUAUUAUGGAAAUUUUCAAACAUUUAUCAAAGUAAAAGCAAUAGUUUAAUCAAUCUGAUUUACCAUUCAACCAACUUAUUAAUUAUCAAUGCAUGAUCAAUAUCGCUUCAUCCACGUUCCUACACACUUCCCCCAUGUUCCUAGUUAUUGUUUUAAUUGAAGUAUAGUUUAUAUAUCCCCAAGUAUGUUUAAGAAAUUCCCUGACGUUGUUUCAUUUAAUCUACAGAUAUUUCUUCAUGCAUCUCCAAACAUCAGUGACUUGAAACAUAUACACACAACCAUUAUCACCUUAAGAUAAAUUAACUGCUCCCUAAUGCAUCAAAUCAAAUAACCAGCUUUCAAAUUUUUCCUAUUGUUUCAUAAGUUGUUAUCACCGUCAUUGCUAUUUUAUAGUUGUUUAUUUCGAUUGGGAUCCAAAUAAGGACUAUACACUAAAAUCAGAUAACAAAAUCUCUUAAGUUUCUUUUGAUGUCUUUGGGUACAACCACCUACAUCUUUUUUUUCCCUUGCAACUUUUCAUUUUGUUUCCGCUGAAGAAACUAGGUCGUUUGUCCCGUGGUGUUCCCCAAGUCUCUAUUUUGCUAGUUGCAUGUCUGUGGUAUUGGUAACAUGUUGCUCUGUCCCCUGUAACUCUGUAAAUCUAGAGCUUGAUUCAGAUUCAGGUUCUGUUUAUUUGGCAGAAAUACUUGCUAUCGGAGGGCGAGUGUCGUGUACUUCCACCGGGAGGUGCAUACUUGGUUGUCUCUUUUUGUGAUAUCAAUAGCCAUUGACAAUCAUCACCUUGACCCAUUGAUUCAAUAGGGUUACAAAAUGAUGACAAUCUGGUCCUAUCCUUCACUUAUUAGCUGGAAACCUUCUAUAAAGGAAAACUUACUAUCAUUAAUUAUUUGGUUAUCCUGAGAUACAGAAAGGCAAGGUGACCAGUUGGUUCCCAAGAGUGCUCCAAAGACAGCCAGUGGGCUUGUUUGAUGAUUUGUGUUAGUAUCAUUAUGAGUUCUUGAAUUUAAGCAUAAUUUAUGUUUUAUAUUUUUGCAGUUAUUAUCCUUACUGAUGUACAAAUUUUCCCAUAUUUAGCCAGUGAGGUCUUAUUCAUAUUGCCUCCUUUUGGACAUGAUCCUAAAAACUUUUGAUAAGUCCCUUGUUUCCUGGUGUGAUAAGAUGUUCCAGGUUCAUCCUGUAUAUUUCUUGCUCUCACCCUGGAGUCAGUCAUUUUUUUAAGGAGGACCCUUUCAGGGAAAUGGUGUUUAGAGACCACAGUUUAGGUGCCUAAAGCUUUGUGAAUAUUUGAAACACUUUCCAAAGCUUGUCAAAUUACAGUGAACAUUUUUUGAGUUGUAGACCGUCUUUUCUAAAAUUAAAUAAUAUGAACAAACAACAAAAAAAUAAAAAUAGCAAAAAGAUAUAUUAUUAGAACUAAAGAUAAGUCCUAACCUCAUAAAAUUUUAUGGUGAGAUUUUAUUCAUUUUUUUCAAUUAUUAAAUUAAUCCUUGCUUAUGUAAAGUAAUACAUGCUCGUGUAAAAAGUUUUUUAAAGAAGUAUAUUGAGGAAAUGUGGAAGUCUUCCUUCACACUCUCCUCCCAUUAUAAGUGUUGUGUCCUUUCAAACUUUUGCUGUAUGUUUACAUGCCUGUAUACAAAUAUACAUAUAUAAAUGCACGUUUAUGAGAGUAGGGGCAUAUGUGACACAUUGCUUUGUAAAUUGGCUUUUGUUUAUGUUAUUAAUGUUCAAUAGCCAUAUGUGCUGAUCUCCUUCAUUCACUUUAAUGGUUUAAAAAUAUUCCAUAGUAUAGAUAUACCAUAUUUUGUGAAAUCAUUUACAUAUUUGGUACCCUUUUGGGUUUCCAGGCUUUUUAUCCCUUAUAAAUAUAGCAUCCUUGUCUGUACAUCUUUGUAUAUAGAAACCUGUAUAUAGAAUUAUUUGGGUCAAAAGGUGUGUGAAUUAAAAAUGUUUAUAUAGGGUGCCAGCCUGGUGGCAUAGCAGUUAAG